AGUCCGAGUAGGUAGUGAUGAUGAGGUGUGAUUUUCUUUGCUGCAGCCAGUGAAAAUAUGGCUAGAAUGGCUAAACGACCAAAAACGGCGCUGGUGGCUUCAGUAUAGCAUUGGCAAUAAUGUAAUGUGGAGUGCGCGCAUUUUUCUCGAAAAAAACAACAGUAAAAUUCGAGCGUGUCUUACUAAAUAAAUACACAAAUACAUACAUACAUACAAACCUACAUAAAAGUGUUUCGUAAAACGAGCGAUCGCAUAACGGAGUGCAUCAAUCAACUGAUGUUUACGUCAACAGAACGACAGUUUUGAAAGUUUGCACUUUUCGCCUCUUUUGUUUUUUUUCUUACUUUUGCUAUAAUUUUGUGAAACCCGAUCAAUAGAAAUCGAGAAUGUUAAACGUUUUCAGUUCAGUGGCACCAUACUUGAAAUUCAAUCCGAAAUAUGUGAUCGUCGACAAUUUUGUGUUUAAGUUGCAUUACCGCUGGUCAUUCGUAAUUCUACUCGUGGCCACAAUUUUGGUGUGUUCGCGCCAAUAUUUCGGUGAUCACAUCAAAUGCAUAUCGGGCACCAUACCCGAGCAUGUGAUAAACACCUACUGCUUCUUUACGCCUACUUUCACGCUGGUGCGUCAUCUGAACAAUAGCGCUUUGGAUAAAGGCAUCAUUUUUCAGCCAGGCAUUGGGCCGGAGGAGUCCGAAAAUGAGGAAGUCAAGCGCCAUGCCUACUAUCAGUGGGUGCCGUUCGUACUUUUCGGCCAGGCAAUUCUCUUCUACAUACCGCAUUUUUUGUGGAAAUCUUUCGAAGGCGGUCGCAUUAAGGCGCUCGUUUUCGGUUUACGUAUGGUCGGCCUCACGCAGUACGUACGGAAUCAAAGUUUGCAGAUUGGCAAAUUAAAUAUACCCUCCAUGGAGGAGGCGGAGUCACGUGUCAAGAAUAUUCGGCGCGCCAUGAUCGAUCGUAUGCGCAUCAAUCAGUCGUGGGGCGCGCAACUCGCUCUCAUGGAAAUGCUGAACUUUUUCAAUAUUCUUUUGCAAAUUUAUUUGACCAAUCGUUUUCUGGGCGGCGCCUUUUACAGCUUGGGUUUCCAAGUAUUGCAAGAACGUUGGACAAAUCGAAUGGAUGCCCUGGAUGUGGUAUUUCCCAAAGUCACCAAAUGUCAUUUCCGCAAAUUCGGACCGAGUGGCUCACUACAAAUGCACGACACCCUCUGCGUCAUGGCGCUAAAUAUUGUCAAUGAGAAAAUUUAUUCGAUACUCUGGUUUUGGUAUAUGUUUGUGUUGGCCAUGACGAUACUCGGACUGAUUUGGCGUGUGUGUACAUUCCUUUUCUAUAAAAACGUUCGCUUCACAAAACUCACCUUCUCAUAUUUUGCGAGGCCGGGUCGCAUCGAUUACCAAGAAUUGGCCGCCGUAGUGGAGAAGUGCAAUUUCUCAAAUUGGAUGUUCUUGUUCUUCUUACGCAGCAACCUUUCCGAAUUUCUUUUCAAACGCGUAAUUUUCCAUUUGGCCAGCGAACUGCCCAAUCCUGAGAAGGAUAACAGUAUUAAUGCUUUCUUGGAUAGGGAACACUCAGCGGCUACUGCUGGACCCAGUGGCACGGCGCCCCCAAUUAGGCUUGAUGAUGUCGAUACGCCGCUGCUGGCCAACAAGGCGAGUGAUAAAAUGGAUUAGAAAUUAUAUUUUUUCUACUUUGACCGGUUUCAACUGUAUUUGAAAUACUGGUCGACCUUUUUUUUACACGACGUAGCUUUUAAGUGUGCAAUUUUUAUUUAUUUGUAUAAAAUUGAUAACUAAUUACGAGUGCUUAUACAAUUUUUAACGAAAUA